GCUAUUGAUGGAAGUGACACACUCCCGCCAAUUCCGACUGUGGAGCGCGAGCCAGGCGUCAGGGUGACCGUAAAGAGUAUGUGGGAGAUGCGGAAAGAAAAUGCGUAAUGUUUUAUGUAAAAUAAAGUAGAAAUACAUGUUAUCUUUAUAGAAAUACUGAACUACGGUUCAUUGUUAGGGUACUCUCGGGUGUAGACGUGAGCUGCCUGCCAUUUGAAAGUUAUUUUGCCGUUGAAUAUUAUAGACGAGAGGGUCCAGGGUUAGUGACUGGGAUGUUGGCGGCGGAAAACCCACCUGUGGACGGACAUUUGGCAGCGUCGACUCCCCGAAGAAGAGGCAUGGAUUGUAAGCCGAGUAAUCAUGCCAACAAGAAACUUAUUCAAGCUCGUCUCCCAUUCAAGCGCCUAAACCCAGAACCUAAAGAGAACCAGCCUCCUAAACGUUCUUGUGCACAUUUGUGUCCUGAACCAGGAGUUGUAGACAGAGAAAAUGAGAAUGAGUCUUCUCCACUGCCUGUGCGCACCGGACCACCCUUAGUUAAUGGACGUGGGCCCCUUGAUGGCUUCCUUAGCCGCAGGUGUCCUGCAUCAGAUGAAAACAUAGUCAUAGAUUUGACCGAGGAUAAUUUGUCCCCUGUAAAGGGCCUUGUUCCUUCCUCUCCCUGUCUCCCAACAAAAGACAAAAAAGACAAGCAUCACAGCAAAGACAAAACGGCCUCCUCUGGGAAAAAGAGCCACAGCGAUCACACUCCUAAAAUACAAACUGUAAACUGCAUAGAUGUAGAUAAGGAUAAUGAUGAUGAUGAUGAAGAGGUGGAGGAAAAAGAUAGGAGUCAGUCACCGUCCAUCUCACAGCUCGACAUAACACAGGAAUCUGAAAGUGAGCCAGAUGAGCAAAAUGAGUCUGGAAACAUUUCUAGUCUGGGAAACAAGUCAAUGCUAUCUGCUUCAUCUGUCAGCUCCAUGUCUGAAAGCUCACCAGAGAAGUCCAAGACUGACAACCUUACACCCAGCACUACACCAACGGAGCCAAAGAUGACCCCUAAGAUACCAGCAGAGCAGAAAAAGAUACAAAGACGUUCCUUGAAGAGUUUACAAGAACAAGAAGAAAAGCUGCGGCUUCGUCAGGAGAAGAAACGCCAGCAGGAAGAGGCUAAAGCUGCUAAAGAGAAAAAGAAAGAAGAGGCUCGCAAACUAAAGGAGGAACGAGAAAGGGAAAAACGGGAGAAAAAGGAAAAAGAUGAGCGAGAGAAAAAAGAAAAAAAAGAGAAGGACGAGAAGGAAAAGGCUGAGAGGUUAAAAGCAAAAGAGGAGCUGAGGAAAUCAAAGCUAGAGGCAAAGCUCGAAGAAAAACGGAAGAAAGAAGAGGAGAAGCGAAUGAAGGAAGAGGAGAAACGGAUGAAAGAAGAGAAAGAUCGUCUCAAAGCUGAGAAAGCAGAAAUCACCAGGUUUCUACAGAAGCCCAAGGUCCAACAAGCUCCAAAGACACUUGCAGCUGCAUGUGGGAAGUUUGCUCCAUUUGAAAUAAAAGAAAACAUGUUUCUGGCCCCGCUCUGCCGGGUCCAAUGUGAGGAAUCCGUUCUGGAGAAGCUGGAUGAGUAUUUGUUGAACCCUACCAAUAACCCAGAUGGAAUGAAGGACUGGUUCAGACAAAAACCUCGUCGUACAGGCCCCACCAAACCCAGACAGACUCUCAGUGACUGUAUAGCAGUGGAAGGGCCCAAACCUGACGGUGUCCCAGACCGGAAACGCUACGGACCCAUGAAACUGCUGCGGUUUCAUGAAAACUACCGUCCAGCUUAUUGGGGCACCUGGAGUAAGAAGAGUUCACAUAUUUCACCCCGUUGUCCACUUAGACAAGACAAGGACUUGUUGGAUUAUGAGGUGGACAGUGAUGAAGAAUGGGAGGAAGAGGAACCAGGAGAGUCCCUGUCACAUAGUGAAGGGGAAGAUGAAGAAGAGGGAGGUGAGGAUGAUGAUGAUGACGAUGAUGGCUUCUUUGUUCCACAUGGCUACCUCUCUGAAGACGAGGGAGCACUUGAAGAAGAGGACGGCGGUGACCUGGAGAAACAGAAACUGCAGCAGAAACUGAAAGCGAGGGAGUGGGAUGAGUUAAUGUCCAGUAAGAAGAAGAUGAAGGUGCUGGAUCCUGUGGUGAAGGGCUGUCUCUGGGAAGCAGAAGGACCUGGGUCAGAGGUUUUCCAGGCUUAUGCCAUGUGUCUGAUUGAGCCUUUACCGAAGGCAGACCACAGCCCCAGCCCCGAGGAGCAGUCGCAGAAGGACCAGAAACAAGCCCAAUUACUCGGCCAGCUGUUGCCUUUGUUGCAUGGCAACAUCAACAGUUCGAAAGUGAUCAUCACAGAAUUCCAGGAGUUUUGUCGUCAGCAGACGUCUUCUUCAUCGCCUCCUCAGCUGUCCAGCCCUCAGAGCCCAGGGGAUAGUAUUCCCACAAGGAUAAACCUGAGGCGCCUCAUCAAGAACAAUGCUACUUAUGAGAAACGCUCGACCUUCAAGCGCUGCUGCUGGUACGUGCACACGGACGUCCUGACCCGCUUUGGACAGGAGGCUCUACCAGUGCCCUGCCAGUGGACCUACCUCACCACAGGAGCCCGAGAAGAGUCCAGAGAUGAAGCACAGGCAGCCACGGGCUCUCAGGGAAACUCUCCUAGUACACCCCAGACCUCUUCUACCACAUCAUCUUCCAACAAGAGGAAGAGCACAGGCAGCAUGUCCAUCACCAAGUUCAUGAAGAGAUGUACCGACACUGAACAGGUGACGGAUGCAGUGGAGGCAGAUGGUUUUCAAGCUGAUACUGAGGAUGAUGAUGAGGACGACUGUAUCAUCAUCUCCACACAGAGUGGCUCAGGCAAAGAGAACUCCUCCUCUGACAGAAACGCUUUGAUGGAAGUGGGUCCAUCAGACUCGGCUGCUCUCCCAGUGUCCGGCUCUGCUCCUACAUUUACCACUGCCUGAGGACUGGACUGGACUGACCCUCUCCCCGUCUUUGGUCAUCUUGGAGACCCUGCAGCUGCUCCACCUCAAAGUACCCCCAUUCCUUUGAUAAAAUCCUCCCUCCUGGGCCUGAACUCAACCACGUCAAGAACAGAAAUGAGUCUUCCUCGGCCAAUGCAGACGACUCACAGCAGGUCAUACUGGACGCUCAGUCUCCUCUUACAUAAUUUCUCUAAGUGUCAGGAGACGCCUCACCUGUAAAAAUGUAGUUGUGCAUAAAAUCAGUGUGUGAUGAUUAUUGAUGCCAGAUUGGAUCCAGUGUUCACUUAGAAAGUCUGGUUUUUCCAUUGAAGUUUCAGUCAGACAUGUUUUCUUUGGGCAUCUUUAAAUCGGAUGGUUCGAGUCCCUCAGGCACUGCUUUGGCUACAGCAGAUCGAGUUGAACAGAUGGAGGAAAAAGCAGAACAGAAAUGCCCAAGUGUCGUAAAUACAAGCAUCCAAGACAUCAAGAACAGUGGAACUUGUCAUUUUUGAAACACUGCCUUUAUGGCAUUAUGGGAUUUCUUGUUAUGAUGUAAAUGUAUGUAAUUGUCCAGAAGUUAGAACUGGGGAAUGAGAGGCUCCAGGUCCAUCCAACCUUUGAUUUCAAUGGAUGCAUUUAUUCUGCUCUUUCUAAUUCUGACAACUCACUGGAGUAGUAUCUAGAUCUGUACAUGUACAGUUAGGUCCAGUGUUGUGGUUUAUAAAUAUGUAUUUUCUGUAUGGUUUUUCAAGAAUACUUGAACAAGAUAAAUUCAUUAAACAUGAGUAAAAGUACUGCACUUUUA